GAGGCGGCGGUGACAAGAUGGCGGCGGCGCGCCGGGUGCAGCUGGUGCUUGGCCAUCUCGCCGGGUCCCCUCCGGGGUCGGGCACCAGGGUUAGCGCCGCUCCAUGCGGGAGCCGCGCCGGGGUCUCGCCGCGGGCCGCCAGCCCCGACGAUGUGGUGGUGGUGCACGGGCGGAGGACCGCCAUCGCCCGAGCCAAGCGCGGCGGCUUCAAGGAUACUACACCUGAUGAACUACUGUCUGCUGUUAUGACAGCUGUCCUUCAAGAUGUCAAUCUUCGUCCUGAGGCCCUGGGAGACAUCUGUGUGGGAAACGUGCUGCAGCCUGGAGCCGGCGCUUUGAUUGCGAGAGUUGCACAGUUCCUAAGUGGUAUUCCAGAGACGGUGCCAUGCUCGAGCGUGAACCGGCAGUGCUCCUCUGGCCUACAGGCUGUUAUCAAUAUAGCAGGUGGCAUCAAAAAUGGAUCAUAUGACAUUGGCUUGGCCUGUGGUGUGGAAACCAUGUCCCUCAGAAGUGCAAAUAAUCCUGGUGAUAUCAGUUCCAGCUUGAUGGAAAACAACAAAGCGAGGGAUUGCCUGAUUCCUAUGGGAAUAACCUCAGAAAAUGUGGCAGAGAAGUUUGGAGUUUCCCGAAAGAAGCAAGAUGCCUUUGCCUUGGCUUCCCAACAAAAAGCAGCAAAAGCUCAGCAGAUGGGACUGUUUAAAACUGAGAUUGUUCCAGUGAAGACCACCAUUCUAGAUAAUCAGGGCAACCGAAAACCAAUCACCGUGCACCAAGAUGAAGGAAUUAGGCCCUCCACAACCCUGGAGGGCUUGGCAAAGCUAAAGCCUGCCUUCAAAGAGGAUGGUAGCACUACAGCAGGUAAUGCCAGCCAAGUCAGUGAUGGAGCAGCUGCUGUUCUCCUGGCAAAGCGCUCCAAAGCAGCACAGCUGGGACUCCCAGUCCUGGGAGUGCUCAGGUCCUUUGCUGUGGUUGGAGUUCCACCUGAUGUGAUGGGCAUAGGGCCAGCCUACGCAAUCCCUGUUGCUGUGGAAAAGGCAGGUCUGACUCUGGCUGACAUUGAUAUAUAUGAAAUUAAUGAAGCCUUUGCAAGCCAGGCUGUGUACUGUGUUGAAAAGCUGGGCAUUCCAAUGGAGAAAGUUAAUCCCCUUGGAGGAGCCAUAGCUCUGGGCCACCCACUGGGCUGUACAGGUGCUCGCCAAGUUGUCACCUUACUCAAUGAAUUGAAGCGCAGAGGGAAGAGAGCAUACGGUGUGGUGUCAAUGUGCAUUGGAACUGGCAUGGGUGCUGCAGCAGUGUUUGAGUACCCAGGGAACUAACCUCCAGCCUACUGCUGAAACAACGCAACAGCUAAUUCUCUGCCUUCCCUAGUAAUAGCAAAUGAUUUGGACUGUGAAAUCAGGUGGACUCUGGGAUUCAUUACUAGAUCUACGAAUUUUAGGCACAAACUGUGAAGUAUAAUAAUCCAUAGAGACCUACUGAGCUGGUGGGAAAAUGCAGAACUGGCAAAUGGCAGCCUGACAGCAGAAAUGAGUUCAGCUGAGGUCCAGGUGCAGGCCCUUGUGUGGUGAUUACACAGGGAUAUUUCUAAUUUAAUCAAUCCCUUUAUUCUGUGACUGCUGUCAGAGAGUAGUUCAUGGUACAAUAUUUUUGUAUGACAAAUUGUCUAAAAGUGUCACUCAAAACGAUCAGUGCAUGUGAAAAGGCUUUUCCAGGGUUGUCUUAAAAGAUGUCACUAACUCACAGGAAGCAUGGAGCAGCAUGUUUGAAAGUGCAAAAACUUUACAUUGUUUCCUUUACAACUGCAUCUGUCCCAUCCAAGUUAUAAACUGGCUCUGCCCUAAGGUGUCCCUAUGCUGGAGACUGGGCUAUAUAGCUUUCUGCUUCUAACCAGGCUGCUCUGGAGCCUCCAGGGGGUAAAGUGGAAGGACUAGAAUGUAAUUCACACAGGAGGUGCCUGAACAGAAAAGUGCUGCUGAAUUGCGACAAGUCAGAACUUGAAAGUGGCCUUGCCACCUUUUUUCCCCAUCUUUUUCCACAGCUCAUGUGACUCUUAAGUUAAAGGAGAGUCUUACGAUUAAUACGCACUUCCCUAACAUAAACCAGAUUUCAGCAUUACUCUUACUGCAGACACUAUACAAACAUCAGUGACAUCUCAGCACUAAUACAAAUGUACAUUUCAUCUGGUAAAGUUCUCCCUUACCUGUUCUCUCUCUUACAAUCACUGAAGCUCAGCACUAACAGCUUGAAUAUGAAACAUCCUCAUCCACUUCGAUACGUUAAAAAGCUCAGAUUUGUAACACAGACUGAAGUUCUUUUUCCUGGCUCUUGGUUUUGCACUUAAUAAUACAAUUGGGUUCUUGCAAUAUAUUUGUUUUCUUUUUCUGGUGGUUGUUAGUCGGAAGCCAUGAUUGGUUAGAGCUGUGUGAUAGGCUCCUGUUCCAGUGCUGCAGCCUGUCCCACUCCCCGGCAAUCACUCAGGCUGUAUUUUAGAGCAAGAUGAAAUUAUUUGGUAGUUGCAGAGGGGCAUUAGAGUUCCUCAGGGGUCUUUUUUUGCACUGUGUAUAGAAUGAGUUCUUGCUAGUGCAGAUUUGGUUUAAACUGGGCAGAAGGCAGCCAUCAUGCAUCUUCUGUUCUCCUUGGGUGGGGAGGGCAGCCCCCUCUUCCCCACACAUAGUGCAGUAACAAAAACCUUUUAUAGGAUGGGAGUGGAAAUCUUAACAGGCUCAGAAGUGGGAAUUUUGGUGACCUUUAGCUAAAGUAAUACUAAAAACAUUUAGAGAAGUGUGAGUAAAUGGGAACCAUGUGGGGGGAAGGCAUUUAAAGGCAGAAGGGUUCCUCCCUCUGUAGCUGAAGGGGAUGUUCUCAGUGCCCAAGCAUGAUGAAAUACACAGGUUGGUCAUCUUCCAAGAAGUCCAGGGAAAGUUGGCUCUUCUCCUUUUCAUGUAAGGGAAACAGCCUGAGGAAUGCUGGCCUAUUCACUGAUUCUUGCUUUUAUGAUGUGUCAAUAUAUUUUUAAUGUCAAACAAGCAAGGCAAAACAAAAGCUACUUUAUGAGGUACAAAUAGUCUUUAAUUGUAAUUGGAGGCAUGUAAAGGGGUUUGGCCUAACUGUUACCCUGGCUGCUUUGCUAUUUCAAACCGAUUACUUUGCAGAGCCUGGGGGUAGUGGUUAAGCUUAUCACAGUGGUAAAAGUAAUAGAAUGAGAUUAUGAUUCUUCUGUUUAAAGUACCAUGAACUCCACACCCCCCCCCCCCCAACUUAAAAUUCCAUUCUGCUAAAAUUCUAGUCCAUAAUAAAACAGCCGACAAUACAGGCUCAGUGGAUGGUA